AUGAGCAGCGGAAGUAUGCCAAGCAGUGAGGAAAAGCUUCGGUCUUAUCGGAGAACCGAGGCGAUGCGGCCGGUGCGGCUGGCGUCGUGGCGGCCACGGUGUGGCAGGCUCGAUGGGCGCUCCUCAGUACUCUCAAUUACUAAGGUUUUUAUAUCUGUUGGUUUGCUUUGCAAUCCGAUGUUUUAUAGAAUCAUAAAGAACAAGUCGGUGGGGGAAUUUCACAUGUAUCCUUACCUUGCUACCGUGUUGAACUGCGUCUUCUGGCUUCUCUACGGCUUGCCCUUUGUGCAUCCGAAUAGCAUCCUUGUUGUCACCAGUUACCCUGUCGGGCUUGCGAUAGAGCUCAUCUACAUAUGCAUUUUCUUUUCAUAUGCUCCAAACAAGGGAAGGAAAAAGGUGGUCUAUUGUCUCUGCGGGGAAGUUGUCUUCAUUGCCGUGGUGUCACUGGUGUUCCUACUGGUUUUUCAAGACCACAAGAGAAGAAUUCUCGCCUUUGGAAUUAUCUGCGACGUGUUCAACAUCAUAAUGUACAGCUCACCUCUUACCAUCAUGAAAAAAGUGAUCACCACAAAGAGUGUGGAGUACAUGCCCUUCUAUCUCUCGCUAGCCAACUUUCUCAAUGGCUGCGUGUGGACUGCAUAUGCCCUCAUCAAGCUCGACGUCUUCAUUCUGAUUAGCAAUGGUCUCGGGGCGCUCUCCGGUGCAGCGCAGCUCAUCCUCUACGGUUGCUACUUCAGGUCCAUGCCGCCGAGAGAUGAGAAGGUCGUCGACGCGAAGGCUUCUCAAAUCCAGCUCUCUGUUUCUAAUGGACCAGAUAGAGUGUAAUCCAGG